AUGCCAACGAUAGGCGAGCAGCGGGGCGAUAAGUCACCGUCCGGUUGCGAGGCAGCAGCGUCGAGUAGCGGCGGCAGUGAGUCGGCAGCCGCCUGCGCGGGAACGGACAGUGCGCUCGACAUCGGCACCGGCGACGGCAACGGCGUCUCGGAGCUUCCGGUAUACGGCGUCAACGCGCCCGCCCGCACAUCCCUCGUGACACCAGCCCCUGCUGUUGCCGGCGCCGCCGCCGCUAGUUGCCCCGGGGCUCAACAGGUGGCGCGGGCGACGGCCGACCGCGACCCCCCCAGGCGUUCGAGGACUUUUGUACCAGCUUUUUGGUUAUCUAUUUUAUCGGGAACAGGAACUGAUUUGGGAAAUUGGUGA